AUGGAAAUUCAAUACUUUUUCAUUUUGAUCCUGCUUGUUCCACCAGCUUCUGUUAUUUCUCAUUCCGCAGCAUUCCAGAACUUCCCUUCCUAUGUCCGCUCAUUUUCAGCUCAAGAGCCUUUCGUAAAAGGUGCUUAUAGGCUCGGCAAACCACUGAUUGGAGAUGACAGGAGGGUUUAUACUUGUUCUGGGAUGAACUUGUUUGCCUUUGAAAGCAAUGGUUCUAUGGCUUGGACAAUAGUUCUCAAUUAUACAUGCAAUGUUGGUAUAGCUCCAGUUCGAGGGGGUGCAAGAAAGUUAUUGGUCAUUUAUUGGCAGAUAUAUUUGGUUGCAGAAAACAGAGUAUUGAAAAUCAAUUUGUUGAAUAUCGGAACUUCUGAUUCUGCUGCAGAAGUAUUCUUUGGUCCAGAACCUGGCACAGAGAGACCGGGUGAAAUUAUUGGAAUAUCCGUAAGCACAUCGAGUUCUUGUGUACUUAUCAAUAUUAAGAAUAGAGGGCUUUUUGCAUACAGAUUGCAUGGACAGCUGCUCUGGAGUGCUGGCCCAGUGCUUUAUCAAUCGGGCUAUCGUCAAGGUUGUAGGAAAAAUGUUACUGAUUGUUAUUUUACUUCAGUCCCUGUGAUUGAUCAGUGCGAAGCUAGUAUAUAUAUCUCAAAUACCGGAGGAGAACUCUACGCAUUGUCUGUUCACAGUCCGCAUUUCAAAUGGAUUCAGGAUUUGAGUUCAUUUGGCAAGAUUUUCACUGUUACUCCGGGAAACAAUGGCCGCUUGUAUGUUACUGUAGCAGUUAGAGCUCUUGUGCUGGCGCUAGAUGUCUCUAGUGGAACUGUUCUGUGGCAGGGAAAUAUUGGGCCAUUAAGUUCUACAGAUAUUGCACCAGUUGUUGAUUCUAACGGUAAUUUGAUGGCCUGUAGAAUAAGAUCCAUUAUGAAAUUGAGAAAAUGUUGA